AUGACGCCCUCGCCGGGUCCUCAGUCAAACGCCGUAGAGGUCCGCCGGCCUCGCUCCAGUCAGACCGUCUCCUUCUCCGUCGACGAGAAGAACAACCCGGCACACGGCCAGGACUCGACCAGCCUGCAGUACCAAGUCUCCGAGUGCAUCGAGACCACCACAACCACCACUACCACCACCACAAAGCGCACUUUCCCUCCCGUCUAUCUGCGCGACGUUCGCCCUCUCCACGAACUCGACUCCAAGGAGUACCCUCUCGCCUCGAAGCCUCUGCCUCCCGAACUCGCAAACUUCUCCUUCAGCGUCACCGGCUCCUCUACCGAUGCCAUGACUGAUGACCUCUUCGUCCCCAAAAAGCGCAAGACCCCUCUUGCAGCCCACAGGCAACCCGCAGGUCUGCUCAAAGAAGACGAGUCCAGCCAAGAGUCCCCGAGACGCACAUCAAAGUCCCCCUCAGACCCCUUUCAGAGAAGGUCACGUCGCUCAACCGCCCGUGAUCCCUCACCUUCAUCUCAGAACGCGUCUCCCAGUCUCCCAUCAAGGCCCUCCAGAAACCCCCGAUCAGUCGGCCUUUCUUUCACCGAGGAUGCCUCACAAAGACUCCGACGCCACCUCUCGAGAGGCAAGCAGACCGGCUGCCUGGCUACACCCGACACUUCUGAGCUAGCUGGCUCUUCUUCCGACCGCGUCCCUCGACCUCGACUCCAGAUCGCACGCACAAGCCAUACCCCCGAGUCCGGCCCCAGCAGUCAAGCAAACAUGCACGACGCACCAAGCCCCAUCGGCAGCGAUGCCCUCACCGUCUUCAGCAGCAACGUAGCCACUCCCCCCAUCACCGAUGCUGACGCCGAGCCCUUUGUCGAUGCCGACGAGUCUCUGCAACAGGCUAUCCGUGCCGUUGGCCACCGGCCCUCGAUCGAUGCCGUCGCUGCCCAGGAUGCGAGCCUCCCUAGUCCGAGACUUUCCCCCACACUCGCGGCCGCCCAAAUGGGUUCCAGAGAUUCCGAAGACGAGGACGAGGACUCGACCCAGAGCACCGCUCUAACCAGGAGAAAUCACAGCUUCCGUAACCAGCAGUGGCUCCACGACUCCCAGGCCGGGGAAGAGGGCGGCUACUCCUCUGAUCUGUCAAUGGUAGCCGCUGAAGACAGCUCGUCCCAACUCGAUAACCUUGAUGCCCAUACCGCUAUGCUCGACGCACGCACCAUGAUGGAGAGGUUCGACGCGAUGCCCAGCGAGAUGAAGAGUUUCAUAAUGUACAACUUCCUUCGCCGCUGCCCUAGGAAGACAUUGCGACUCGUAGCCGAUGUCGUCACCCCGGCGCUGAAAUGCGAUUUCUUCAAGCAACUUCCCCUUGAGUUGAGCUUUCACGUGCUCUCCUUCCUCGACCAUCGCGACCUCUGCCGAGCCGCCCAAGUGUCCAAGCACUGGCGGAACAUCGUCGACACGAACGAGACUGGUUGGAAAGAGCUGUUCGAUCGAGACGGAUUCACGCUUCCUCCUGGCGAGCUUGACAAGGCUAUUGUUCAGGGUUGGGGUUGGCAGGAUCCUGUCGGCGUCAUGGGUGCUGAAGUUGACCUCAGCCGGACCAGCCGGUUGAACUCGGCAGACAACGAGUUGACCAAGGCUGUUGUGAAGCCAGAUCCCACGGUCAAGCUCCGCAGUUCCAAGCGCAAGCGAGGUAUGAACAUUCCGGGCGCAGAUCGAUCAAAGAGGAGGGUUAGUGGCCAAGAGUCUGCCCGCAACGAGGCACUCCAGUUGGAAGUCAAGCAGCACAAAUCCGAGGGACCUCUGUCAGCAGCAAACGCCGCUGCCACUGCGGUGCCCAAUCCUCAGCUGGGCAUGCCAAGCUUGCAGAAGCUUCACCUGUUCAAGAGUCUCUACCGCCGCCACUACAUGAUCCGCCAAAGCUGGACCAGCGGCAAGGUAAAACCUGGCCACGUCGCUUUUGCCGCCCACCCUCGUCACGUCAUCACCUGCUUGCAGUUUGACGAAGACAAGAUCAUCACUGGUAGCGACGAUACGCUUAUCCACGUCUACGAUACCAAGACCGGGAAGUUGCGGAAGAAGCUCGAGGGCCACGAGGGUGGCGUUUGGGCCCUACAGUACGAGGGCAACAUGCUUGUGUCUGGAUCCACUGAUCGGUCUGUACGUGUUUGGGAUAUUGAAAAGGGUCUUUGCACCCAAGUCUUCUACGGACAUACCAGCACGGUGCGCUGUCUGCAGAUCCUCAUGCCUACCGAAACCGGCAAAACCCACGACGGCAAGGCUAUCAUGGCGCCUCAGAAGCCUCUGAUCAUCACCGGAUCUCGUGACAGUCAGCUCCGCGUCUGGCGCUUGCCUGAGGUCGGCUCGCGCAGGUACAUCCAGACCGGCCCCCCAGCUAAUGACGCCGACUGCCCGUACUUCAUUCGGACCCUGUCUGGUCACACCCACUCGGUUCGCGCGAUUUCCGCCCACGGCGAUACUCUUGUCAGUGGAAGCUAUGACAGCACCGUUAGAGUCUGGCGCAUCAGCACUGGCGAGUCGCUUCAUGUACUCCACGGUCACUCUCAGAAGGUCUACAGUGUCGUGCUGGACCAUGAGCGCAACCGCUGCAUUUCCGGCUCGAUGGACUCGCUGGUCAAGAUUUGGGACUUGAACACCGGCGCCUGUCUUCACACUCUCGAGGGGCAUAGUCUGCUUGUUGGUUUGCUGGACUUGCGCGAUGAGAGACUGGUGUCAGCUGCUGCUGACAGCACAUUGCGCAUCUGGGAUCCGGAGAACGGCAAGUGCAAGAACGUGUUGACGGCUCACACGGGCGCUAUCACCUGCUUCCAACAUGACGGCCGCAAAGUCAUCUCCGGCAGCGAGAAGACGGUCAAGAUGUGGGACAUUCGCACCGGCGAGUGCGUGCAAGACCUGUUGACAGACCUUAGCGGAGUCUGGCAAGUCAAAUUCGACGAGAGACGUUGUGUGGCUGCCGUUCAGCGUGACAGCCUUACAUACGUCGAGAUCCUCGACUUUGGUGCUGUCCGCGAUGGCAAGCCGCCUGAAGAGCUCGGCGAGCGUAAGCUUCUUAACGAGCCUGAGGUGCGCGCGCUUCUGGCCGAAGAUCUGUAA